AUGUUCCACACUCACAUUCGCUCUUCAUUUUUGAUCAAUCCACCUUAUUUUGUGUUUGGUUUUGAUGCUUUUCGCCCCUCAGAAUCAUCCUUCAAUGAGACAGUGGAAACAAAUAGUUCAAUCCAUUCAACAGUUGAUCUAGCGCCUAUAGAUGAUAUGACAAAUGAUAAUUUUACCACUACUGACACUGACACUAUUGCUGCUACUUCGUCUACUAGUACUAAUACUACGAUUUCAACAACAACAACUAUUACUACUACUACUAAUAUUAAUAAUACUGCUACUACUACUGACACUGACACGAAUAGUUCGAUUACUGACACUGUCACUACUGAUGCUACAUCUGCCACUAGCGAAGUCAAUCAAUCGAAAUCAUUCUUCAAUGAGAAAGUGGAAACACUUAGUUCAGACCAUGUGACAGUUGAUUUAACGCCUACUAAUUCCGUAACAAAUAAUACUUUUACCACUACUGAUACUGACACUACUGAUGCUACUUCGUCUACUAUUGCUACUACUACAAUUUCAACAACAACAGCUAUUGCUACCACUAAUACUAAUAAUACUGUUACUACUACUGACAAUGAUACGAAUAGUUCGAUUACUGACACGGUUACAAAUAACACUACAACUGCCACUGAUAAAGUCAAUGAAUCAAAAUCAUCCUUCAAUGAGACAAUGGAAACAAAUAUUUCACACCAUGCAACAUUUGAUGUAACGCCUACUGAUGCGGUAACAAAUAAUGCUGUUACCACUACUGAUAAUGACACUACUGCUACUACUAAUACCACUACUAGCGCUACUACUACGAUAUCAACAACAACUACUACUAUUAAUACUAAUUGUACUACUGACACUGACACGAAUAGUUUGAUUACUGAUACUGUCCCAAUUAAUACUACAACGGCCACUGAUGAAGCCAACCAAUCGAAUACUGUUGAAUAUUCAAGAUUAUUACCUCCGGACAAUGUGACAAUCACAAAUAUCACCUCGGAUUCAUUUGUUAUUUUAUGGCAUCUAUCCAUUUCUCCUAGUCGAUCGAGUGCUUUCGCUUAUGAAAUAUUGAUAAAUAGUCCACAAAGGCCUGCGAUUAUUAUUAUUAAAAAAAAUGCUUCAAAUUCUUUUCAAUUGAACGAACGCAUUGAUAAUUUAACAUCAUGUAGUUUUUAUGUUGUGCAAAUUAAAAUACAUGAUUUAACUCGGAUGAAAUCAAGUGAUUGGUCAAUGCCAGUAUUGACAACUACUCUGAUGCCACAUCAUAUUAUUCAAACGUAUUUUGAAGUAGAAAAUCUCACUCCAAUUAGUCAAAAAGUAAAAUGGAGUAAAUUAUGCAUACCAAAUGAAUGUAUAGCAUUAAUUCAAUUAGUACAAAUCAAUGCAAAAACUUUCCAUGAAUUCACUAUCAAUUUACCAAUAAAUGAAACAGAAUAUACAUUUGAUAAUUUGGUACCAUCCACACAAUAUACCUACCAAUUAAAAGUGAUUUCACCAUUUGGUAAUUAUUUAAGACAUUAUAUUUCAAUUACUACAACAACAACUACUACUACUUUACCAUUACCUCACCUAUUCAAUACAAGUAUCAAACCACCAAAACAUAUACAAAUCUUCAAUAUCACAUCCAAUUCAUUUAUGAUUAAUUGGUCAACAGUAAAAACUACUGCUAAUAAUAAUAAUAGUGAACUUGAAAAUUCUACUUAUGCUGAAAUUUUGAUUAACACUCAAAACCAAUCAUCAUCCACAUUAUUAUCAUCAUUGUUUAUAAAAAAUAUUUCAAAUGAAUUAGUUCAAACAAAAAUUGACAAUUUAACAGCUUGUUCAAUGUAUACAAUACAAAUGAGAUUAGUAGUGAAAUUUGGUGAUACAAUAUAUAGUGAUUGGUCUAAACCAAUCACUGUAUUUACUUCAAUUCCAAAUAUUACAAAGAAUAUUUCAUUAGAAAUUAGAAACUCUGGUAGAAAUCUACAACAAUUACAAUGGAUUCAAUUGAAUGAUAGUGAUUUUUUAGAAAAUCAAUGUAAAUCCUACUUAGAAGUGAUUCGAUGCGCGCAUCAUGUAUCAUAUCAUUGUGUGAAAGUAAAUUUAUUUGUUAAUGAAACCACUUACCUGUUUGAUAAUUUAAAACCGUUAACCAUGUAUACAUAUAGUAUGAAUUUAAUUUCACCAUUUGGUAAUAUCAGUAAUAUUUACAUGAGGUCUACAACUGAAACAUUACCUAAUGGUCCAAAUGCUCCAGUCAAUUUAUCUAUCAGUCAUAUCUCAUCGAAUAAACUUACUUUACACUGGCAAAAUCCACCAUCAUCACAACAUCCCUCUUUUAAUGUACAAUGUUUUUUUAUAUACAAACGUGAAUCAAUUGACUGGUUCGGUGCAGUGGAUGAGUACAAAAUUUGUAAUAAUAAUGAUAAUUUGAAUCAGUUUAAUAUAACAUCAUUAAUACCUGGUAGACAAUAUACAUUUUAUAUGAAAUCUCAAGAUACUGUCCAUGGAUUGCAUAGUGACAUGUCAAAUGUUAUUAGUGCAACAACUUAUCCAUCAAAACCAAAUCCACCAAUCAACUUAACCGUCAUUCAUAUUUUAUCCAAUCAAUUAACAAUUCAAUGGACUGAACCAUCAACAAUACAAGAUUCUUCUGCAUUUCAAAUUCAACAAUAUUUCAUUUAUUAUCGGCUUACAUUGAAUGUGAAUGCGCCAUUUACAAUAGAAUCGUCAACUAUUUCUUCCAAGAAUCAUCAUUUCAAUACGCAUCGAAUUAGUUCAUUGCUACCUGGUAGAUAUUAUACAGUCUUUAUGAAAUCUUAUGAUUCUAUAUAUGGUUUAUAUAGUAAUGCGUCCAAAUCAAUUAUAGUUUAUACUUAUCCAGAUACUCCUGAUCCACCUGUAAAUGUUACAUUUAUUGAAAUUAGAUCAACACAACUACGUGUUGUAUGGACACCUCCUCCUACUACUACUCAAAACAAUUCAGCAUUCAAAAUCAAUUGUUAUCUAGUUAACAUACGUCCAACAUUUAACAUAUUCAGUCAACAAUUUCAACAAUUCAAUGUUUGUCAUUCCAAUGUGUAUAACAUUAAAUCAUUAUUACCAGGAGUAAAUUAUACAGUCUAUGUUAAAUCAUUUGAUUCCAUAUAUGGAAUUGAAAGUUCACCAUCAAAUUAUAUUACAGCUAUCACUUAUCCAGAUAAACCAAUGCCACCAGAAAAUCUUACAGCAGUCAAUAUCAAAUCAAGUCAAUUUACUAUUCAAUGGUCACACAGCAGGUCAGAUGUUACAUUUACACAUAUUUGUUAUGUUAUUUAUGUAAGACCAACUUUACACAUUAAUGAUCCAUUUCAACAAUACAAUAAUAUAUGCACAGAACACAAUCAAUACACAUUGAGUUCAUUAUUAUUUCAAACUCAUUAUACGGUAUAUUUGAAAUCAUUUGAUCAGAAUUAUGGCUUGUAUAGUGAUGCAACUAAAUCAUUGUUAAUUUAUACUUAUCCAACAUAUCUUCAACUACCAGUCAACAUAACAAUUUCACACAUUGAUGUAUAUGGUUUUACUAUACACUGGAAUCAUCAUCAUCCUUCAAUAAUACAUGAUCGUACAUUGGAUAAUAAAUUUUAUUAUUAUGUAUUUAUCAAACCAUUAGACGAUCGAACCAACGAAGCUAUAAUGAAAUUCAAUGCUGGUUUAUUAACUACAAAUUUUCAUAUUUCUAAUCUUUCAUCCAAUACAUGGUAUGCUGUAUAUUUGCAAAGCAUAUAUAUAACUACUGAUUAUCAAAUUAGUAGUAUAAAGUCAGAAGAGAUUUUUGUACGUACAUAUCCUGAAACUAUUCAACGUGAUAGCCUUAAUCAAUUGACAAAUUUGGCGUUACAAAUUCCAUCUAAUCAACCAGCAGAAACUUCGCUUCAAAAAGAUACUAUGAUUAGUCUAUAUUUACCAUUAUCAAAAUUAAAUGAUUUAAAACCAAAAAUUUACAUUGUUUCACUUGUAGUGAAACCAACUAGAAAAGAUGAUGAACUUAUUUGUUCUGAAGGUUGUACAAUGAAAAUGAACUACACUGAUAUCAAUGAUUUGAAUUUAAUUGAAUCGGUUAGUGAAGUAUUAUAUGAAGAUGACAUAUCGAAAUGUUGUCAAUAUUGGCCAAAUGAUAUACAUGAAUCAUUAACAUUCCAAUCGGAUUGUUUAAAAUUAGAAGUAACUUUACUAUCAGAAGAAGAUCAUCAUAUGUAUAUAUUACGUAAACUUUACAUUACUUCUUCUAUCAAUAGUCGAUUGAAUAAAUCAACAAUCAAUGGUAAAUAUGUGAUCCAGUUGCAUAUGACCACUUGGCCAGAUUUUGAUGUACCAAAAUUAAAUGAAUUUCAGCUAUUUAUGAAAGAUUAUCAUGAAAUAAAAUGCAAUGAGUCACAUCGUGAUUCACCAACACUUGUCCAUUGCACAGCUGGUGUUGGUCGAACUGGUACAUUUAUUAUUGCAGAUUUAUUACAACAGUAUAAAGAAUCUAAUUGUAUGUAUUAUGAUAUACCCGGUAUGAUUUUACAAUUAAGACGAUGUCGUCCAUCAAUGGUACAAAAAGUUGCACAAUACAUAUUUCUUUAUCAAUAUGCUUAUACAUUAUUUCAAUGAUGUUGUUGUUGUUGUUGUUUACAAAACACAAAAAAAAUCACAAACUGUGUAAACAACUCUUUCAAUUGAGAUUUGGAUUAUUAUUAUUAUUAUUUUUAAUUUGAAAAUAAAAAAACAACAACAACAUUUCGUUUUCAGUCAACAGAAAUUACAAUUUUCACAAGUGACAAAAUUCAUCAUUUAUACGAAAAUUUUUCCGUUGCUUUAAGCCGGUGCACACAUUCUUCUUUCAAACAACAAACAACAACAACUACUACUACCUAUUAAUUUUCCAUGUGAUUUCGUUUUUUUGGUAUAAAAUCAAUGUAGUGAUGUCUGUCGUUAUUUUGUCAAUAAUAUUAAAUAAGAACCUAAUAAAACGAUUACUGUCUCAUUCAAUCAUCAUUUCCAUUUAAAUGUAUUUUUGAUGUGUAUUUAUUUUUCUGAGAAAA